UGCUAGCUCGAAGAGGCUUGGCGAAUUCUCUGCUUACGCAUGAAGAUGAUGCCCAUUUAUGGAAAGUGCUCGAAGGCCCGUUGAAGUUAAACACCCGUGCACAUGGUCGGUUAGUUUAAUAUACAGCCAAUUAGCGUCAUCGAUUUCAGCCUACCUCCGACGUGAACAGGCUGAUUAUUCAAAGACUUAAAUUGAGAACCACUCUUGCUGCGGCCAUUCCAAGCGAACCUUUGCUCCAAUCAAGUGUCUCUAACGUCGAGAUCUGUACGCGCGCACAGACAAAUAGCUACCGAAACAACCAACAGAAGGUUCAAAGAAGCAAACAAGAAAGUAAAAUGGGUCUCAGUUUUAUUUAUUCUCUGAUGGUCGGCGCGGCGGCAUUAUGCUUAGUGAACACAGUGGCGGGAUAUCCAAUGUUGGAUGCAAAGGACAAGGAGUAUUCUGCAGAUUCAGAAUCAGGCCUAUCUGACAAAGAAUCGUCAGAUCAACUUGUCGCAAAACGAAUAUUCGAUCCCAUCGAGGCCGCAAGUAACUUUGGAAGUUUCGGAAAACGAUACAACCCGUACCGUGUGUUGGGUUACAAAGGGCAGAUGGACGCUCAAAAGGCGAUAGAUGGCGGAAACAUCGCCGACCUACUCAAACAGGUGCUGGCAGUGGCAAUGGUUCGUCAAGGCCAAUACAAACGCGUACCAGAGGCGCAGAAGAGGCAGUUUGACCCCAUAGGUUAUGGCAUGUUUGCUCGGUUUGGUUAGAUUACGUGGACCUUAUUGAGAAAGACUGUGCAGCAAGAAACAUGGAAUGGAGUAAUUGAAAACUAUUUUCAUUUUGUACCCCUUUCUGUAGAUAUCAGCUUUUCCUGCCAAAGUUUUACUGAUGGCAAUAUGCAACAAAAUACUGUGCAUGAACUGUUAUUAUCAGCAUUCUCACAAAUAUCGAUAUUUGACCACAUUAAGUGUCCGUUUAUUCAAUAUUAUAGUGGGGAAAAGAAUAAUGCUUUAGCACGAUAACUGUGGGGUAAAUUUUCUGAUCAGUUUUGAUUAAUGAAUACUUUAUCGACCAAGCUGAAUUAACUUUUUAUACACUUUUAAGCAUUCUCAAAGUUUAGAAUAGUCGGCAUGACUAAACUUAGAAAACUGAAGAUCCACGCAGAAUUGUUCGCAACAAUAAAGCACUAUUUUAGUAAGGUU